AUGGAGCGGCCAUCGCUGCGCGCCCUGCUCCUCGGCACAGCCUGGAUGCUGCUCCUGCUCCUGCCCCUCUCCUCCUGCUCUUCCUCCUCUUCUAACUACACGUUCGUCUGCGGGGCCUGCAUGCUGGACUACUGCCCGGCCCUGCCCCCUGGGGGCUGUCAGCUGGGCGAAACCCGCGACGAGUGCGGCUGCUGCCCGCUGUGCGCCCGGGGCGAGGGCGAGCCAUGCGGGGACCUGAGCUUGGUGGGCAUGCGGUACUGCGCGCACGGCAUGGCCUGCGUGAAGAGCCGCAAGAGGAGGACGGACAAGGUCAGGUCAGCGGUGAGCAGAAGCCGCAGGAUGAGCGGCGUGUGCGUGUGCAAGACCCGCUACCGGGUGUGCGGCAGCGACGGCACCACUUAUGCCAACGCGUGCCAGCUGCGCGCAGCCAACCUGAAGGCCGAGUUCCUGGGCAAGCAACCUAUCGCGCAGGUCAGCAAGGGCCCCUGCGAGCAAGUGUGGGCCGAGCCUGGGCAGGGGUGUCAGAAGUCUCCUGUAGCGCUCAAUUGUCAGCAGCCUCCGAUUUUCUGCGGUUGA